CCCAAAGCGAGCAGCGUACUCGCACAUCUCGAUUCCAUCCCGAUCGACUUGAACCGGCGAGUCGGACCAAGCACCAACCCCGAGCGACUCCGACGAGAUAAUGUCGCCGAAGCCCUCCGCCUCCGCCGCGGCGGACAGCAGCGGGAGCGCAUCCACCUCUCGCUCGGCGUCGACGGCGAGUUCAACACCAUUGCAAGUAAUUCAUAUUUUGGGAAACUUCAUGAGAAUUUGGUCCGUUUACUCCUUAUAUAGCUACCUAUCCAACAGUGGGGAUUCAAUAGUUAGUUUUAUCUUCAGUUGUCUUGUACCCACUUCAAUCGUCUUCUUGGUCCUACAGAAGCCUUGGAAAGGCAGGCCUUUGCCCAACUCACAGGUUGUUCCUACAGUUGUCAAUGGAGGAAUCCUGGCGUUAUACUUUGUAUUAUGGGGUAAAGGACUUCUUGCUUGUGGCCCACUAGUCGCUCUGCUGGCGGAGUAUGCAGGUGCUGUUCUUGGAGUUCUCUCUGCUGCUUUAUAUGGAAGGAAAGUUAAUAUCUGGAAAAAGAGUGGCGGGCUUGCUGCUAUGUUGGUAGCAUAUUAUCUCUUAUCAAAUGGGUGGUCCACAAGAACACAUUCCCCGAUAUAUAGCUUUGGAAGUGAACCACUGGAGAAGGCAACACAAACUAUUGGAAUGAAAGAAAUGGUGGUGCCACUUACUGCUGGAAUUUUAUCCGCUUUAAGGAGAGUAUUAGCUCGGCGUGUUUCUCUCAAGAAUCAACUUAAGAGGCGACUUCAUGCUAUAUCUAUUGCUUCUGCGACUUGUUUUCUUUUUCCAUUUGCAAUGUGGGAUACAAUCCUAGGCUCAGCAUCUGAGAGUAUAGUUAAACUACAAUUACCAAGUUGGCCAUACUUGAGUACUGUUUUGUUCGGGAUUGUGCUUAUAUUCUAUGUGGACAAUGUUGCUGAGGAAAAGUUGCAUCUGGUCUUUUCUUCUCCAAGGCACCUAACGGUUUCAACAGGUUGCAUAAUUGUUUUCGAGAUAUUGUACAAAAUGGAUUUCUCCCUUUUGGGAUUUCUGCUCUGUUCCGUCAUUUUGGGAUUUGGUAUUUUUGAAGCAACAUCCUUGGAGCACUCAAAGAAAAGCCCUUUAGAGGCACAUGAACUAUCAAAUGGAGGGUUCCACAAUCAGUUGCCGAUUUCAGCUCUUCCAAGCUGAAGAACAUAUAACCUUGUACUAACAUGAGAAAUGGCCGCUGCUGCACAGCUCAGAUGCGAGGUUGCUAUUCUGUCUGAAGGUUUGAACCAGACAGAAAUCUUUGCAUGUUUUAACCUGCCAAUUUGCCUGUGAUCAUUCUUGUUCGUGGCGGCUAUCACCAUCCCUGUAACUCGCUGUAGAUGUAUAUCCAUACUGGCCUUGCAGGUAAUGCGAUUGUCACUUGUACCGUCUCCUUGUAGUGAUGAAAUUUUGCUGUUCUCACUUGGACACGCAGAUUAUUUUAGCUACGACCGAAAUGUGUGAUCCAUUGAUGAAA